UGAAAAUAUUGCAUGUACUCUGUUCCCACCUCCACCGGUGUCGAUCACGAUUGAUUCAGUCGGCUGGGAAUGUGUUCAGUGUCGGCCGACUUUAAUCUAUUUAAUUGAGUAAUAAUAACCAUGGAGAAUGAUGUCAUUGAUGCCCUUCAAGAUGUUGGGUACAAUGGGCCAAUAUUGGGAGAAGGGGGUCUUGAUAAAGCCCUUGAAGGAACCACAAAAUCAGAAGAAUUCAGGAAAGCAGUUGUGUGGUUAGCAGCUGAGCUGAAGGCAUUAUGCAAAUUGGACGAGCAGGUCAAUGACAUCUCUACUUCAGAGGAUAGUGCGUCGUUUCUUUUAGAGCUAAGCAGCUUUCUCAAAGAAAUUGGUUGUCAGUACAAGUUUCUAACUGAGGGACAUAUUUCUGAACGACUGAAUGGCAAACGAAAUGCUCUGUUACUUCUUCACUAUCUUGUAACUGAACUCCAGUCUGCUCGAAUGAUAGCAGUUAAAAAACCUUCAAUCUCUUCUUUUAUGGAAAUAAAACUUCAAGAAACAUCCACAGCAAGUGAGCUCAAAAAUAUGUUGAUAGCAUUGAAAUUUCCCAAGCCACCAGAUAAUAUUCAGCCUGCUCAGCUGUUUGUUAAAGUGGAACAAAGACUAAAAGAAGUUAUAUCCAAAGCCCCAGCAGAUCUUUUAAGCCAACCUCUGUUUCAAGGAGUACUGACAGAUAAGCAGUGGCAUCAGCUUUCAAAUAUCCAAAGAGAUCUGCAUGAUGAGUACCGUAUGCGUCGAGAAAUGUUAAUUAAGCGCUUAGAUGUCACAGUACAGUCAUUUCAGUGGUCUGAUAGGGUAAAGCAUAAAGGAGAAGAAAUAGCAAAUGCAAUGGCUGUCAAACGGAGGGCUAUGUCUUCUGAGCCAACUGUAGAAUUAUCGGAUUUACUUGCAGCACGUGUAGAUCUUGCAAUUAUAGAGAAAACAAGUAGUGCAAACGUCAGAAAGAAUACGCAGACACAACUUACCAAAGUUAUUAUUGGUCGGGUUCCUGAUCGUGGUGGGCGCACAACUGACCAAGCACCGCCUCCACCAGAAAUGCCCAGCUGGCAGAAGGAGCGGAGUGCAGGUGGAGGUGGGGGCCGAGGCGGCGGCGGCAGGGGUGGUGGUGGCGGCGGCGGCGGAGGAGGAGGUCGGGGAGGGCGCGGUGGACACGGUGGCCACGGUGGUGGAGGUGGCGAUAGGAACCGCGUCCAGGGCGGCUGGAACCAGGGAAGCAACGAUCGAGGCCAGGGCGGCUACAACCGGGACCGGGACCAGGGCCGCGACCAGGGGAGAGCAAACAGAGACCAGGCGGGCGGCUGGAACAGGGGCGGUCAGGACCGCGAGCAAGGUGGCGGCUGGAACAGGGGCGGUCAGGACCGCGAGCAAGGGGGCGGCUGGAACAGGGGAGGUCAGGACCGCGAGCAAGGGGGCGGCUGGAACAGGGGCGGUCAGGGUCAGGACCGCGACCGGGGCUACGGAGGUGGGAGGGGAGGUGGUGGAGGUGGAGGGUACAGGGACCAAGGGCACCACGGCGGCAGAGGAGGUGGCAGGAGAGAUAAUAAUUAUAGGUGAAAAGACUUAAUCGUAACAAAAUAUUGUAUAAAAAUGUCGUACUUUACUUUAGCAAUAUAUUAUUGUAAUAAAUUUUUCUGUUAAAUAAAGAGUCGCCGAAGUCUGGUUAA